ACAUCGAGUGUCACACUGUAGUAAAGAGAUACGUGGUUCUACACAAUUAGCAGAACCAUGCACAGCUAUUAUAGGAACUCUUGAAUUUGCGUUCGCAAUACUUACUGAAUUACAAUGUAGCUUGAUUGUUGUUCCUACCUACUUUGUACAGCAAAAUAUUGCUUUACAGCAGUGAGUGCCAACGUGUGAGACAUGUGUUGGUUGUGUGGACCGUAACAUCUCCAAUACUGUUAAAAUGUCACAUGUGAAAUACAUUGUGAGUGGCAUAUAUUUAUGCUUCACAAUAUUACUAACUGCGGAUAGUGUAGUUUCCUUGAGGAACUAUGAGAAGAAGGAUUUGGAAGUUCUACGGGAGGAAGUUCGACAGAUGUUUCAACAUGCCUAUGACAGUUAUUUGCGGUAUGCAUACCCAUAUGACGAACUACGCCCACUGAGCUGCGAUGGAAUGGACACAUGGGGCAGUUAUUCGUUGACACUGAUUGAUGCUCUUGAUACAUUGGCUGUUAUGGGAAAUUACACAGAAUUCCAGCGAGUUGUGAACAUAGUCACCACUCAUGCCAAUUUUGAUGCAAAUAUUAAUGUAUCUGUGUUUGAAACCAAUAUUCGCAUUAUAGGAGGAUUGUUAAGUGCUCACUUAUUAUCUUAUAGGGCUGGAGUUCCUGUUGAGCCUGGUUGGCCUUGCAAUGGACCUUUACUGCACCUGGCUGAGGAUAUGGCCCGUCGCUUAUUGGCUGCCUUUGACACAGCAACUGGCAUGCCAUAUGGUACAGUGAAUCUGCGUUAUGGAGUGCCACCUGGUGAGACAAGUGUCACAUGUACUGCUGGAGUUGGCACAUUCAUUCUUGAAAUGGGGACACUUUCUAGGCUUACAGGUGACCCAGUGUUUGAGGAGGUGGCAAUGAAUGCACUUCAUGCUUUGUAUAAUCAUCGCUCUGCAAUUGGCCUAGUGGGAAAUCAUAUUGAUGUGCAGACUGGUAAAUGGACUGCACAAGAUGCUGGAAUAGGUGCUGGAGUGGAUUCUUAUUAUGAAUAUCUUGCAAAGGGAGCUAUAUUAUUGCAGAGACCAGAGUUGAUGCGCAUGUUUCAAGAAGGGCGUUCAGCUAUUGAUAAAUAUUUGAGUCGCGAUGACUGGCAUCUUUGGGUGUCAAUGUCCAAGGGGCAGGUGACUCUGCCUGUUUUCCAGUCUCUUGAAGCUUACUGGCCUGGAGUGCUCAGUCUUAUUGGUGAAGUCAGUAAAGGAAUGAAGUCCUUACAUAAUUAUCACCAGGUGUGGAAGCAGUAUGGAUUUACACCAGAAUUUUACAAUAUCCCCCAGGGGGAGGUUGGGACAAAUCGAGAAGGUUACCCUUUGCGUCCUGAACUUGUGGAAUCAGUUAUGUAUUUGUACAGAGCUACACGUGAUCCGUAUUUGAUAGAAGUAGGAAAAGACAUCCUUCGGAGCAUUCAGCACAGUGCCAGGACCCCAUGUGGAUAUGCUACGAUAAAGGAUGUAAGAGACCAUCGCAAGGAGGAUAGAAUGGAAUCUUUUUUCCUUGCAGAAACCACCAAGUAUUUAUAUUUGCUUUUCGAUCCAGACAAUUUCAUACAUAACAGAGGAGAUAAAGGAACAAUUGUACAGACUCCUUGGGGAGAGUGUGUCCUGGAAGCUGGUGGUUACAUUUUUAACACAGAGGCUCACCCUAUUGAUCCAGGUGCUUUACAUUGCUGCAGUGGUCAUCGAGAAUCUGAUAUCCGCCACAUGCUGAGCAAUAUAGACAGCAGAAAUUUCCGUGGUGAACGUCUCUCCACAAUUCGCAACCUCAGGAAAAAGCAUCAGUCGUAUUUAAAAACUGAAAAUUCUACACAACAGACAGAGCAGUCUACAACAGAGAAUACAGAUUCUAAUUCUGGCACUGAUGAUGAUCAACGGACAGAGGCAAAAAAUAAUGAAGAGGUCACUAAUACAGUGCGGGAUGGAAGUUUAAAUGAAGUUAACCGAAGUUCUGAUAAUAGUGUUGUGAUCACAGAUGAUGCAGAUACACAGUACAUUGCAGUAGACGGUAAUGAAACUAACUCUUCAGAGUCUUACAUAAGGCCUGAUAAUUCUUCUGAGUCUGUAAAUAUUUCUGAUCAAGACAAUUUUGAUAACUUUAGUAUAACUACAGGAACUGUAAACAUGAGUAGUAAUGGAGGGUUGGAACUCUCCUCAUCAUCUGAAGAAGAUAAAUCGACUCGGAACCAUAACAGUGCUCUAGAAUAUAGAGCAGAUGAUAGUGAUCAUGUCUAUGCAGUCCGUGACACAUCUAAAGCAAAAAAGGUAGUGCAGAGUGGCCCAGUGGGAGUAGUGGAUAGUGAGAAAGCAGGUGUUAAAAUGGUUCCAACCUGGCAUGGAGUAAAAGAGGUUAAACAGAUAUUCUCAUCUGAUAUCUCAUCUGCUCUGAAAGACUUUCUUUUGCCAGGAGUCCCUCCAAAACGUGACUUUGAUCCUCAGAUUCUGCUCGAGAGGCUGCGCUCAGAAAUAAAUUACCCUCGCAAUAUUUCUUGGGAAAGUGACUAUGAGGUCCUUUCAUGUCUAGCACAACCAUUUGUGCAGCGAAUUUCUAUGUCUGGUGAAAUAUUUGGAGCUGAAUGAACUAAAAGUUAAGUGUCAUUCUUGGCAAUAAGUUGAGGCAUUCUUGUUUGGUUGCAAGUGUCGGUAUUCUCUCUCUCUCUCUCUCUCUCUCUCUCUCUCUCAUGGUGGAACCGGCAAGCUCCACUGAAUAUUAGCACUUCCAUUGAAAAGGUGAGCCAUCUUUGUUGUUAUGAGUAUAGUUUCUUUACCGAAGCAGUGGUGGUUUCAUUCUGUUUGUAAUGGAAGAAAAGAGCCAGGGCUACAAAAUGAAGACCACACAACUUGUCAGUAAACAGUACAUAAACCACUGCAUUUUCUCAUAAGACUGAGACAAUGUUGACCUACAUAGGAUAUUAGUAUUCUGUUAUGUACUAUGAAAUAAAAAAGUCUCACGAACCUAUAAAGGUUCUUGCUAUUUGUGUAAAUAUAUAGGAUGAGGAAUUACUGGAACAAUGUUAUUGAAACACUACUACAAGAAUGAAAAGUAUGCCAUAACCUUCAUUAUAAACUAUCGAGUACACGGAAUGUUGGGGUGUUUGGUAUAUGGUGAAAUUGGUAUGAAGGCACUGUUUUCAGAAAGAUAACAGUAAGGCAGUAGAAUUAAUUGUUCUUCUGUUUCUUCAUUGCUGCAAAUUAGAACAUCUACUAUGUUUACUAUUGGUUUAUGUAAUGUGGCUAUGGUACAGCUGAUCACCCUGUUUACAGUUGUAAUUCCUUGCGCCAUACAGCAUUUUUACAAGUAAUGUAACUCACAAUCAACAGUCAUUCGUGUACAGUCUGAAACAUUUGUUAGGCUAACUAGCUGCAAAUUCCUGAAAUAUGAUGUGGGAUGAUUGAAAAGACAGUAACAGUCUCAUAGAAGUUUGCAUGCUACUGUCAGUAUUCACUGCAUUUUCACUCUUGUGCUACACAUACUUGAAAUAAGUAAUUUAGUUUAUCACAGUUUUUGUGGGUCUGACUAUUCUAAAUACUGUUACAGUUUCAGUGUCAGCUGUUUAGAUAUCAGAAAUAGGAAUGCUGUUGGUCUGUUGCAGAAGCAAGAAGUGCAGAAACAUGUUUAAAGACAGGGAAAGCUUGCACUUUUGCACUUCUUAAUGUAGAAGCAUGUUUGCCGAUGGAGCAAGCUUGCAAUUUUUUUCCAUUUUUAGGUUCAGCACAUGGUGGCCACUUUCACUUACUGGAUACAACAGCCAUUAUAUUUCUGUGACCAGGUGAAAUUCUGAUCACUGAGGGAAACCUUACCACUGUUAGUCCUUUACUAUUUUCCUUAUAAAUCCUCCCUACGUAUCUAAUUUUUUUUUAAUUUUCUUCUUUUUUAGAGUCAUUAGGCAUGGAAAAAUAUUUUUGGGUCCGCUUCAACAGCUGUAUGUAUCAUGCUGCUUUUCUUAUAAUACAUACAUUGUUAAUUAUUGUCUUAUAAAAUUAAUUGAUUCAGUGACAGUUGCUUAAUUUAUAAUGUCAAUAUAUAUUUCUUUGUGCCAAAGGUAACUGUAUGAACAUAGAAUUUCAAGUAAUGUAUAGCGUUUAACAAUGUUUGCAGUUUAACACUGAAGUCUCUGCUGCAAACCUAUUGUCUGUAAGUGACAGUGAAAUUUGUGCAAUGUGAAAACAAUCAAUAACGUAUUUGAACAGUGAAGAUUUUGCUGUAAUAGAUUCUGUAGCAGAGCCACACUGGCUGUUUCUUGAAUAAUAUCCCCGUUCUUGUCUUCAGUUUAGACCAAAACCUUAUGAACUGCAUUAAGGAAAUAAAUCUGAAAAUGUCUGAAAUAAGCUGGUCAUGCUAAACAGAGUUGCUUCUUCUUCUUCUUCUUCUUCUUCUUCUUCUAGACCAUCUCCAUGGUCUACUAAUAGGUCGUUCUAGGUACUAAUGUGAAGCUCCCUCACAUUUCUGUGUAUUGGAAAGGUCUGUAAUCGGACCUACUCAGUUGUCUGAGGACAAAAGAGAAACUGAGUAAAUAAACUAUGAAUUUUACACACCAGAUCAGUCAGAGGCUUACAACUGACUGGGAGCCACACAGCAUUGUCACCUUCAUAUAAUAAUAAUAACAAUAUUAUUAUUAUUAUUAUUAUUAUUAUUAUUAUUAUUAUUUUAUGUAUGAGCUGCUAUAGACUACAGUUAUUUCAGCUGUUUCUUCUUUCUUUUCAUCCACAUUUCUCUCAUUACUUCUCAGUGUUACUCUCUUCCUUCUUCUACCCAAGUGACUUCAGUCUUUUUCUUGGAUUUUUCGUUUAAACCUUUGGAGUCCUGUAAUUUCUGUCUGAGUGGCAAUUGUUCCUCCAAUAUCUUACGGAGUAAUUUGAAGUUCGUCCAUGUCCCUUCCAACUUCUUUGCACAACGUUUUAUCUGUUUUUAUUGUACCAAAGUAAGUAAACAGUCUUUUAGCCAGUCUGUUGGGAUUCAUCCCAUGUAUGUUGCCAUAGAAAAUUACUCUUAAUUUCUUAACCAUAUCCGCAAUUUUUUCAUUGUAUGCAUAAAGUUCACUGAUAUGACAUCAUCUGUGUUGUGUUUUCUCUUUAACUAGCCCCAAAAUGUUCCCGAGUAGUUUUCUUUCUGUGGUUUCCAGUGCUUUCAUCAUUGCCUUUUUGUUCAGAGUAAAAAACAGUCUGCUGCAUAAAGUGCUUAUGGGUGAAUUAAAAUAGAGUUGCAUGAAGGUUUAGCAUUGAUGGAUACUGACUUCUUAUUAUAUACACACUUGAUAAGGUAGUAUGCUGCUUUCAUUUUAUUAACUUGUGGUUUAAUGGCUGAAAUGUCUUGUUCAGUUACUUCUCCGAGGUACGUGUUAAUUCUCUCAAAUUUUCCAUAUUUUGCUUUCAUUAUGUUUGGGACUGCCUUAAUAUUAGCCAUAAAUUUAAUUUCCACAAAGGAGCUUUGUAAGCCUGCAUUUUCAGUUUGUCCUUUAAGCAAUUCUAUUGGUCUAGUGGCUGUUUUCAUAGAGUCUGGAAAAAAAUAGCUAUGUUAUCCACAAAUGCUAAAAUGUAUAUUUGUGAGAUGUCUUUUUUGUAACUUAAUCUGAUUCCUCGUUGAUUUAUCUUUCUCAUAGUGACUUUCGCCAUUACAUUAGGACUUUUUUUAAAACAUAGUUAAAGAGCAGUGGGGAGAGACUAUCUCCCUGCCUCACUUCAGUUUUUUUUCUCAAAACUUCUAGAAAUUUCAUCUCUAAAUUUUACUUUAGAAUUGUUGUUUGUGAGCAUCUGUUUAUUGGAGGUGUGGUUUUAGUAUCAAUGCACAGUUUGAGUAUUUCAAACAGUGACUUCCUAUCAGCUGAGUCAUCGACUUUUCCUGUCAUGAACAAAAGCAAUUAAGAAAUUUUUAGAUCUACUUUUCAGAUAAAUUAUUAUUGACUUUAAGUUGAUAAUCAUCUCUGAGCAUGAUCUGAUCUUUCUAAAAUCAAUUGAUAUAUCCACCAAAGCAAUUUGAGUGUCGAGUUGUUGUUCUACCUUAGCUAAUAGUGCUUUUGAAAGGUUUUGCAGGUAACUGGUAGGAGAUAAAUGUCUCGGUAGCUGUUCACAUUAGUUUGAUCACCUGCUUUAUGCAGUGGGUAGAUCAAUGAUAUUUUCCAGUCUUCAGAAAUUUCUUUUGUUAACCAAAUAUUUUGGACAACUUCAGUCAGGUUUUCCAGAAAUUUGUUAUUUGAAUAUUUCCAAAAUACUACGGUUACGGAGUCCUCCCCAGGUGCUUUAUUAUUUUCGAGAGCUCUGAUGUUUUCUUUGAUUUCCCCUUUCAUUGGGGAUCUGAGUCUGGGCACUGAGCUUCUCCUUGUGUAAAGUUAAAUCUUGAUUUCAGACAUUCAUAAUUGAGUAAAUUUUCAAUGUACUGUGCAAAAAUACAUCAGUUUUCGUGGUUAUUACAUGCUCUUUUCCCAUUUUUUUUUAAAGCAAAGAGUUCUUGGAGAAUAUUUGCUUAGGUCUUUUUUUUAACUUAUAGAAAUUUGUGGUAUUUUUCCUUUUGAAAUCAGGAUCUAUUUGUUUUAAUUGGUUUUUAUCAUAAAUUCUCUUAGUAUUCCUAAUCAGCUUGGGUGUUCUUUCCUCAUUUCAAGAAAUCUUGUCCUGUUUUCAACAUUGUUAUCUUUAUUCUGUUUUUGCCAUGCAGUUUGUAGUUUUCUUGUGGCUGCUUCAUCUCAUUCCAAAUUCCACUACACUCUUUUGAUGAUGGUGAAGAGAUUUUUUUCUUUUGCUGUUUGAACAAGAAAUUGUUUUAGUUGUUUCCAAUUUUUUGGAUUUUUGUUUUCCAGUUUAUCACUAAAGUCACUUCCUUGUUUGAGUUUUUCACUGUCAUAUUUCAGAGUCUUUGGUUUGGCUUGUCUCUUGAUGUUUCUUAGUUAGAAUUUAACUUUUGAUUUUAAAUAAAUAGUGGUCAGAAUCUAACUUGUCAUUUCUUAUUACCUUGGCAUUCUGGAUUUCUUGAGAAGAUUCUAUGGAUAUUGCAACAUGACCUAUUUGAAACACCUCUGAACUGUGUUUUGGAGAGCUUCACGUCUUCUGCUUUCUGAGGAGAUGCUUAAAAGCAGUAGAUUUCAUUAUUAAGCUGGUUGUCAUGCAAAGUUCUAUUAUUUGUUUUUCUUGUUUACUGUUUUGUGAGCUGGGUAGUUCCCAAAAAUGAACCUGAAUGUUUUUCUUUCAGACCAAUUGUACAUAAAAAUUUCCCAGCAGUAUUAUAGUGUGUUUCUUUAGAAUUUUUGUGAUAAUUUUAUCAAGUUCUUCACAAAAUUUAUUUGUUUGUGCCUGUUGUACACUAUGAAGCAGCAGUACAUCCUUAGACUGUUUCAUCAUGUUUCUUCUCUGUUUGAUUUAUUGGCCUGGUUUUUUAGUUCAUGGACAUUAGCUAUUGUAUAUACCUUAUUUGUGCAUGUGAAGGAGAACAUAGAUAUUCCACUGUUAGGUAAGUGGAAAUCUGUUAUAAAAACUAAAAUUUUACAGUUGACAAUGAAGGCUGUAGGACAUUUUUCCCUUCUUUGCAUUUAAAAAUUUUGUAAGCUUCUGAUCCAAAGACAUGCUCCUAUGUAAAUCUUGUUUCUUGUUCUGCUGUAGUGAGCAUGUUGUGUUUAGUAAGAACAUUUGUCAUCUGUUUAAGCUUCCCAGUCUUCAAAAGUGAAUUUAAAUUUACUUUAACUGUUCCAAAGAAAUUCUUUUGCUUGUACUGGAUUUUGUUUUGCUCGUUUUGAGAAAGCUCUGAUGCUUUCUAGCAUAUCAGUACAAGAACUUCCUCCAUUCACAGUUCUACUCUCACAAUAAUGUAGUUUAUUGUAGCUAUUUGUGUGUUGUUCCUUUACCCUUCAUUUUCAAAACUCAGUAUUUGCCCUUUGUCAAUCCAUGGUAAUAUACAUACUUAUUUAUACCAAAGGUGUCGUCUUUAAUUUUAAAUAACCACUACCCCAGACACUCAAACACAAGCAAAUGCAGAAAAAUAUAUCUGAUUAAGCAAGUGUGUUUUCACAAUUGAUUUGCCGAUGUUCUGAAGAAGCCUACCUCAUUCUUGUAAUUUUGAUGUUUUAAUCAGGUGGUACCACUGUUCUAAGACAAAACUACAUUUUAACUUGUUCAGUAUAAUUAAAGUUAUUUUGAAUUUGAUGCCUUAGAUGUCAACGUUAAUCUAUAUCCGUCACUGUGCAUGAGCAUCUUCUCCAUAACUUUUGAGUGGUCAUCACCGUGUUCUUUCAAGCUGACAUCACCACUUGCUUACACUCAGUAAAUGUAACUUAUUUGAUAGGCUUUAAUUUCUCCUUCAAGAAUUUGUCGACAUUCAUGGCAUGUUACACAUUUGAAUUAUUCACGUUCUUCAUAUCAGCAGUGCAGAUUUCUGUGGCAGUGAACAAAUAAAUGAAUUUAAGGCCGUCAGUGACUAAUAGAAAAAGUGACCAAUUCUUGCUUUUGAAGCUGCCAGAGCUUCUUUGACUGACCAGAAAUCUGCAAUAUAUUUACUGAUCAAGUGAUUCCAAAAUUUCCAUAAUAUAACUAUUUAAAUAAGAAGAUGCAAUUUCAAUCAUUGGAGCAGACCUUCAGUUUACGUGUUUUGCACAAACAUAUCAAGGUAUACAGUUCUUCCUGUUGUUGCACAAAAGAAAAAAGUGAUUAUUGAAAUAUUUGUUUUAAUAUUUAUGAUGUAUUUUUUUGUUAUAUACAUAACGAAAAUAAAUAACUUUUAUGAAGAGAA